UAUUAACUUCAUAGAAGUACGUUUAAGCUCCCCUUUCUCGUACAUGGUCCGCUCCUCUCCUGUUCGAAGCUCCAAGCGGGAGCAAGUUGCUGUUGUAUUGCCGGUUGUUGUUGUUGUUGUUGAUGUUUCUUAGAGAAAGAAAACCUCAAUAGGUAGUCUGCAGGAUGGACAUGACUACGUGUCUGAAGUCUCUGUUGCUGGCUAUCCAGCAGUACACAGGCAGCAGAACAGCACAAACCGCGGCGCAGCUACAGAAACAAGUGGAGGAGGUUUCAGGCCUUAAAUGGGACCAGCUGCUGUCCUCGGGUCAGGUUCUGCCCAGUGAGUGUGUGAGUGAGCUGGUGGAGCUGGUUGGAAACCUGCACACUAGUCCUGCCCUGAGGAGCUCCAUCAUCUCCCUGCUGACACAACUUGCCUGUGAUGACGAAAGUCGAGAGAUGCUCCACAGCAGCUACAACCUCACCAGCACCCUGGCGUCUGUCAUCCACCGGCACAGCGCCACACCAGGCGAGCCUCUAGUACUGCAGUGUCUCCAGGUGCUGCAGAAAGUGACUUACAACACUCGCGUCUUCCAUUCUACAAACUACAUUCAUGAGCUCAUCACUUUUCUCAUGACCAACAUUCAAUCUCACAAUGAGGACAUCAUCAUGCCGUGCCUCGGCCUUAUGGCCAAUCUCUGUCGUGACAACCACUCAGUGCAGAGUCACAUCAAGUCUCUGGAUAACGUGAAGCCAUUCUACCGUACACUGAUCAACUUUCUGGCUCACAACAGUCUCACUGUGGUGGUCUUCGCGUUGUCUAUACUGGCCAGCCUCACUCUGAAUGAGAAGGUUGGAGAGAAGCUCUUUGACGCAAGGAACAUCUACCAGACUUUCCAGCUUGUAUUCAACAUCAUUGUGAACGGCGAUGGUACUCCGACACGAAAUUACUCGGUUGACCUUUUGGUUGACCUCUUGAAGAGCCCUAAGAUAGCAGAUUGCCUCACUAGGUAUCAGCACUUCUCAGCAUGCGUGUCACGAGUUUUAGGACUGUUGCAAUCAACAGACCCAGACCCUGCAGCCAAGGUGUUGGAGCUCCUCCUGGCUAUGUGCAGCGUCUCAGGUCUACGCUCCUUGUUGUGCGAGGUGGUUUUCAGACCAGUGGGACCCAAACUCAAAGCUAAAGGACACGAGCAGGGGGCGGGACUGGACGGCGGACGCAAGGUGGAGUCUGGGCUGGCUCUGGUGCAGUGGCUGAGCUCGCCUGUGGAAGGCGCUGAAUCCUGCUCGUUGCAGGCUUUGCAGCUGCUGAAUGAGCUGCUGGAGGAGGCGCUGGGAGCCGACAGUGUGUCUGAUUGCGUGCUGAGCUUUGUGGAAAUGUUACUCCCGGUCCUGUUAGGGCUGCUAAAGGGCCUUGAUCCUGCACAGGGAGACGCUCACCUAAGAAAACACUGCCAACGCAUCACGCACGUCACCGGUCUGCUGCUAAUCCUGUGCGCCGAGGACUCCACCAGAUCCAUGUUGUCCCGUCAGGUGAACGCUCAGCUCUGCCUCUCUCAGGUUGAAUCCCUCUUCUCCUGUUGUCAUAGCAACAACCCUCUCACCUGCCUGCCUCCCGGCUCAGAUAACGACCUCAGUCAGGUGUGUGCAGAAGCUCUGCUGAGGACUCUGGAGUUAAUGAGCAAACUGAGACAGCAGGUGAAGGACAUGGAGACCAGCUUCUACAGGAUGUUACAGGACCAGAGAAUAGUGACUCCCCUCUCUCUGGCUCUGACGUCCCAUCGCAGAGAACGUGUGCAGACUGGACUCUCGCUGUUGUUUGAAGCCACGCACCUCCCAGACUUCCCAUCACUGGUUCUGGGAGAAAGUAUCGCCGCUAACAACGCCUACCGCCAGAGAGAGGCCGAGCUGUCUGUCAAGCGUGUCGCAGUGCAGGAAGUCCCGCCUCCCAGGACGAACAGCAGCGUACCGGACUCUUCCGGUGCGUCCAGCAGGAGCGUCCACGGUCUGGUAGAGAAGAUACAGAACGGUUUGGAGCUGCAGGAACAAGUGAAGGAUUUACAUGUCUCUGAGAUCAUCGACGUUUAUGAACAGAAACUCUUGGCAUUUGCGUCUAAAGAGAGUCGUCUGCAGGACUCGUUGGAGGUGAAGGCUCUCGCUCUCUCUCAGGCCGACCGUCUCAUCGCUCAGUAUCACCUCCAACAAGCUCAGGCCGAAGCCGAGGCUCGUAAGCUGGGUUGUCUGCUGAAGGAGGCGGAGCGUCGGUGCGAGGAUCUGCAGGGCGAGCUGGGCAGCCAGGUGCUGGAAGAGGAGCGCUCCAAGGCCGACAUGGAGGAGCUGCUGCGGCACAACGCCAGGCUGCAGCAGGACUCCGAGAAGCACCAGGUCCUCAAAGGAGCCUACAACGCACUGCUCAGCAGGUUCAACGAGAGCGAGCGGCUGCUGAAAGAGCUGCAGUCGGCUCACAUCUCCCUCACCAAACAGAGCGACACUCUGAGGAGGAACCACGAAGCACUGCAGCUGCAACAAGACAAGAUGGUGUCAGUGUUGGAGGAGAAGGAGGAGGAGAUCAGAUCCCUCCAUUCAGAUCUGCAGCAGAAAAACAGCGACAUUGCAGGUCUGCGUGGUGAAUUGCGAGCGGAGGAAGAGAAGGGAAAAGAAAAAGAUCAAGAGAAAAGAGACCUGGAGGAGACGGUGGAUGUUUUGAGGAAGGAGCUCGACAAGAUGGAGCAGGCGAGGAAAGAAGCCAGCAGCAAGGUGUCGUCUCUGGAGCUGCAGAAGAGUCAGCUGGAGGCGAAGCUGAACAAACACUCGGAGAUGAUCGCCAUGAUCCACAGCCUGAGCAGCGGCAAGAUGAAGAAUGACGUCAACCUGUCGCUCUGAGGAACAGAAAACCAUGCAGAUGAGUGACGGAGGAAACAAUUAGAGUUUUUAAAAUUAGUUCAAUAAACUAUGAUCCUGAUUUUCUUAAUGAAGUUUACUAAACUGAAAUCUUUGUACGUGUCUUUGUACGUGUCACGUCUGUGUUAUCUAUCUUUGUCUUUUAUUGUUUGGUAAAUAAAGAUGAAUCUGUGUUUGUACUGUGUCCAGAUGAAAUAA